CAAAAGUACUUCAGCUCUGAAAAUAAGCAUCUUCUUCCUCAUAAUUCAAGCCGUCGCAAUGGCUUCACUGAAGUGUCUCAUCGUCCUCUGCAUGCUUCAUCUGUGUGUUCGAAACAUUCAGGGACAGGUGAACCCUGCUGCCCUUGCUAAAAUGAUCCGAUAUUUUGAUGACAAUGUCCAGCCAAAGACCAAGAUAGGAACUGAUGCUCAGUAUGCAAUAGCAAUCAGUGUCCCACAGGAUCUGUGUACAAAUGAACAAUCUCAUAUUGAGAAUGUGUUCAGCAGGGAAGAGGCACAAUACGUAAAAGAUUUUAUCACUGAAGGAAAAACAUGUGUACGCUGCUCAGCAUCACAAAAUGUCACUGCUACGAGGCCAAAUGUAGUCACAGAUGAACAUUCUGAGCAUAUUCUGCUCUUUCCUCCAGGUAAUUCUCCCUUAGACACACUUCUAAAAAAUACAGAUCAAAACAACUGUGUAGUUUUCUAUUCUUACAACUCACCUUGUGUGAAAAAGUGCAUUAAGAGUGCUGACAAUAUUUUUCCGGGCCUUGAAAACUGGGAAAAUGUUCGAAAAGGGGGAAUGAAUGUUUUUGUCUUUGGAAAGCUCUGGAAGGAUGCCAAGAAGGAAAUUGCCAAUGAUUUCCUAAUGAUUAAUAAGCUAGUGCGUCUUUAUCGGUGUAUGAGUACAAAUGUAAUGGAAUGUCAGAAUUGUGUGAAUGGAAACACUGCAAAUCCUUUCUGUCUGCCUGAAAACAAAUCAAUACUUUUGUAUUUCCAAGAAAUGCUUUUGUCAAUGAUCGAAUUGUAUCUUUCAUAAACCUCUUU